AUGUCUCUGAUCUCUGCCUCCUCUGUAUCUGUUUCUGAAGUUGACUUUGGAUCCUCCUUUCCUGACGAACUCCAAUCGUCGUCACUCUCUGAACCAAACGGAAAUAGAUCUCUCGUAGAUAAUCCUGAUCUAGUGGUGACCGUAGAUGCUGUGUCCCUGACCUUCCAUAUUCUUUUGAAGGAAGGGUUUCCUUAUAUGCUUAAUCUCAAGGAGUUGUAUGUUGUAGUUCGGGGAAUCCCACGGGAUCAGAAGCAAUUGAUUUUCGCCGAAAAGCAGCUUGAAGAUGGCCUAACAAUUGCUGAUUACAACAUACAGAAAGAGCCGACUCUGCAUUUGGUAUUGAGGCUUAGGGGAGGUAUCAUUGAGCCUUCGCUUAUGGCAUUGCCUAGGAUCUACAUCAAGUAG